AUUUGCUGCUGUUGCCUGACGGAGUAUUAGUGACCCACAGACACUCCUGCAGCCAGGAUGAGUAGUAAUACGACGCUGUCUGUGUAAAAUAGUCUGGAACCAUAUUUUGAGAGUAGUUUGCCUUAAAUAAGCCUUAAUGUUUUUUAACAGACAAUAUUUUACCACUCGGAAAUUAGAUAACAUCAUUAUUUAAAUAGAAAUAUGAGCGUCUGUCACGGCAUAACCAAGCUAGAUAGCCUGUUGUAAAAGCUUCUUAAAAGGUAUUUGUUGCUGCUUUUCUCGUUGCUGCGGGGAAUCCAACACGCAUGGUGCCGUGAUAUACCGUGUCUUAUAAAACGUGCGGUGACAGUGAAAGGACGGCACACUCCGUGAUGGAUAAUGCUCAUACUAAGACGGUGGAGGAGGUCCUGGGCUUUUUCAACGUCAAUGAGUCUACAGGUCUGAGCUGUGAGCAGCUAAAGAAGACCAGGGAGAAAUGGGGACCCAACGAAUUGCCAGCUGAGGAAGGGAAGUCACUCUGGGAGCUGGUCCUGGAACAGUUUGAGGAUCUGUUGGUUCGAAUCCUGCUGCUGGCGGCAUGCAUCUCCUUUGCCCUGGCCUGGUUUGAAGAAGGGGAGGGGACAAUCACAGCCUUUGUUGAGCCCUUCGUCAUCCUCCUCAUCCUCAUCGCCAACGCUAUUGUUGGAGUAUGGCAGGAGCGUAACGCAGAAAACGCCAUCGAGGCUCUGAAGGAGUACGAGCCAGAGAUGGGAAAGGUGUACCGACAGGACAAGAAGAGCGUCCAGAGGGUCAAAGCCCGAGACAUCGUUCCGGGAGACAUUGUGGAGGUCGCUGUUGGUGAUAAAGUCCCAGCUGACAUCAGGCUCACGUCCAUCUGUUCCACUACUCUGAGGGUGGACCAGUCCAUUCUGACGGGGGAGUCUGUGUCAGUGCUCAAACACACGGACCCCGUACCAGACCCUCGAGCCGUCAACCAGGACAAGAAGAACAUGCUCUUCUCUGGUACCAACAUUGCAGCGGGCCGUGCCAUCGGAGUUGUUGUCGCAACAGGGGUGCAGACAGAGAUCGGAAAAAUCCGAGAUGAGAUGGCCGCCACUGAGCCUGAAAGGACCCCACUCCAACAGAAGCUAGACCAGUUUGGAGAACAGCUGUCUAAGGUCAUCAGUGUGAUCUGUGUGGCAGUGUGGGCCAUUAAUGUGGGACACUUCAAUGACCCGGUCCAUGGAGGCAGCUGGCUGAGAGGAGCUGUUUACUAUUUUAAGAUCGCUGUUGCGCUAGCUGUAGCUGCCAUACCAGAAGGCCUCCCAGCAGUAAUCACUACCUGCCUGGCUCUGGGGACCAGGAGGAUGGCCAGGAAGAACGCCAUUGUCCGCAGCCUGCCAUCCGUGGAGACGCUGGGUUGCACAUCUGUUAUUUGUUCUGACAAAACAGGAACACUGACCACCAACCAGAUGUCAGUCUGCAGGAUGUUUGUGGUAGACAGUGUGUCAGGGGAGCGCUGCAGCCUGAACGAGUUCACUGUGACUGGAUCUACUUACGCCCCUGAAGGGGAAGUUUAUAAGGACGGCUUAUUGGUGAAGCCCAGUCUCUGUGAAGGUCUGGUGGAGAUGGCCUCCAUCUGUGCCCUGUGCAAUGACUCAUCGCUGGACUACAACGAGGCCAAGGGCGUAUUUGAGAAGGUUGGGGAGGCAACAGAGACGGCCCUCUGCUGUCUAGUGGAGAAAAUGAACGUAUUUGACUCUGACCUGGUAGGACUCAGGCCUGCUGAGAGAGCUACAGCGUGCUGCUCCGUGAUUAAGCAGCUGAUGAGGAAGGAGCUGACGUUAGAGUUUUCCAGAGACAGGAAGUCCAUGUCGGUCUUCUGCUCAUCCAAUAAACUCACCAAGUCUACCGCUGGAGCCAAGAUGUUUGUCAAGGGCGCUCCAGAGAGCGUGUUGGAGCGCUGUAAUUAUAUCCGGGUCAGUGGUUCUUCUCGUGUGCCUUUGAGUCCAGCGGUUCGAGAGCAGCUCUUGUCAAAUGUGAGAGAAUGGGGAUCGGGCCGAGACAUGCUGCGUUGCCUAGCCAUGGCAACGAGGGACACGCCCCCUGACAUCCGCAGCCUCAAUCUGGAGAACUCUGCUGUCUUUGCUGACUAUGAGUCCGACCUGACUUUUGUGGGCUGUGUGGGCAUGUUGGACCCCCCCAGGAAAGAGGUGCUGAGUGCGGUCCGAAUGUGUCGGCAGGCUGGCAUAAGAGUCAUCAUGAUCACAGGAGACAACAAAGGGACAGCCCUGUCUAUCUGUCGGAGGGUGGGCAUCAUCACGGAGCAGGAUGAAGAGCAGGGAGGAAUUAUUGGGGGCCUGACGGGGCGGGAGUUUGACGAGCUGCCACCUCACCUGCAGCGUCAGGCCUGCAGGACGGCAAGAUGCUUUGCCCGGGUGGAACCGGCACAUAAGAGUCGUAUUGUGGAGUACCUGCAGAGCCUCAAUGACAUCACUGCCAUGACAGGCGACGGGGUGAACGAUGCGCCUGCAUUGAAGAAGGCAGAGAUCGGCAUCGCUAUGGGCAGCGGCACAGCGGUGGCAAAGUCAGCUUCUGAGAUGAUCCUGGCUGAUGACAACUUCUCCACCAUUGUGGCUGCAGUGGAGGAGGGCAGAGCGAUUUACAACAACAUGAAGCAGUUUAUCAGAUACCUGAUCUCAUCCAACAUAGGAGAGGUGGUCUGUAUUUUCCUGACAGCCGCACUUGGCAUGCCUGAAGCCUUGAUCCCAGUACAGCUGCUAUGGGUCAACCUUGUCACUGACGGUUUCCCAGCAACGGCUCUGGGCUUCAACCCCCCAGAUCUUGACAUCAUGUCCCGCCCUCCACGCUCCCCCAAAGAGCCUCUGAUCUCCAGCUGGUUGUUCUGCCGCUACCUUAUUGUCGGAUGUUAUGUGGGAGCUGCGACUGUCGGAGCUGCUGCCUGGUGGUUCAUGGCAGCCCACGAUGGGCCAAAGCUGACCUUCUAUCAACUGUCCCACUACCUUCAGUGCAGUGAAGGCCAUGAUGAGUUUGCUGGUGUGCAGUGUUCUGUCUUUGAGUCUCCUUAUCCAAUGACCAUGGCCCUGUCCGUCCUGGUUACCAUAGAGAUGUGCAAUGCCUUGAACAGUCUGUCAGAGAACCAGUCCCUUGUGAAAAUGCCCCCCUGGUCUAACCCCUGGCUUGUGGGGGCCAUCUGUCUGUCCAUGGCCCUACACUUCCUCAUUCUUUAUGUUGACCCCCUGCCGGUGGUUUUCCAGAUACGCCCUCUGUCAUGGCCUCAAUGGGUGGUGGUGUUGAAGAUGUCACUUCCUGUCAUCUUGAUGGAUGAGGCUCUCAAGCUCCUGGCCCGUAACUACAUUGAGCCAGGAAGCCAGGUGCAGUCUCUGGAAGAGGAAGAGGAGCAGCGGAGGAUGGGGCCCAGCACGGGAUUGGUUGGGGCCAUGAUGACAGGGCUGCGGCAGUCACUGAAGGGCGUGUCCUGGUCCUUUGUCCUGUUUUCUGCACCACUGUUGAUUUGGAUCUUCAGCCUGGAUUCUGACAUCACCAACAUCUUCUGGGAGUGAUCAAAGAACGAGAGGACGGGCAUUGUGUGGUGGAAGAGAAGAAAGAGACCAUCUAAAAAAGGAUUGUUGAAAUAGGAUGCAGAGGAUUGGGUGUAUACGGGUUAGGGGAGGGGUUGGGAAGGCACAAAGAAACAAGUAGAUGAUGACUCAUCUGCUGGGAUACAAAAAUGUAAGGGAUAUAGAGCGAAAUAUUACGACAACAGACAAUCUGAUAACACAAGUAGGAAAUAGCACCUCCUCGUCAAUGCUAAAAGGUGCUAUGUGUAGAAUUUCAUGUGAAUCCCACAGCUCAAUUAGAUUAGUGCUCUGAGUUAGGAAGGCCAAAGCCCAGCACUUGGGCCGAGCCUGAAGUCAUUCUCUGACAUGGUGUGCUUUAGCCGUACUUCAACCUUUGCAUUCUAAAAUACUAUGGUUGACAUGAUAAACAUUAGCAUGCUAUAAAGCAUUUUUCUUUUAGGGACUCACAACGUGAUAAUCAAUAUUUCCCAGCUCCUCUGGCUUGUCCAGGUUGCAUCUAUUGCCAUGGUUGCACCAGCUUUUCAUAACCUUCACAUAUAACAGCUAGCUUCAAGCUACCUAUUAAAUCCCAAAGCACCAAUACAAGUUAGGAAAUGUCUAUAGCUCCUUCCCCACAAACUACCAUCAUCUAGCUUUUGUCUUCAGGUUACAAGCAGCCUUCCUUCCUGUGAAGGUCUCUGCAGAAGUCAAACAUAUUUAUCCAAUCGGCAUUGAUGGACAAAUGAUGCUUCUUUGUCAUCCCAACAGCACUCAAACAUUGUUCAAAGUGAAUAGGAUGCAGGUUAGCAGAGACACUAAACUAGUAACAACUAGCAAUGGGAGUCCUCAUGUUUAAAAAGACCCAAAUAAAUGCACAAUAACUGGUCUAAUGUGUGUUAGCCAAAUGGCCAAACCAGUAGUUUACAAUGUCUGCCUGUUCUGUUUGAUAAAUCUUUAUAUUAGAACUUUAGAAGUGGAGACUUGCGCUGUUAGUUGAAAGUAUUGAAUUAAUUUAGAUCAAAUUGACGAGAAGUAGAUACAAAACCACUUUUAGAAUUAUGUGUGAGCUUUUGUAAUGUGAAGCGCUUGAAACUCGAUGUUAGAAUUUCUGUAAUGGUUUUGGUAGACAUGGUUUUCUGGUCUAGAGACGCAGGUUGUACUUUACAGUAACUCACUUUUUUUGGCCUAUAACUCCCCAUAUUUCCCCGUUUUAUUAGCCACAAACCGUAACAACCCCUUCUGAUCAUAAGCAUAGAGGUGCACUUCAGUUCUAAGUGUGUUGGCGCUGGUGUUCAGAAUAAACAGACCAGUUGAUUACUUUUAAGAUGGUGGCUUUUUGUAUCGAAAGUUUAUUGAAAGUCAGCGUUUGCAUAUGCAAAUGAAGCAUAAUCUUAUUUCAUAUGUCCUCAUUAACAUUUCCUGAACUUUCCUGAAAUGUGAACAGCCUGGUUCACAAGGCCUACUUGGCUGUGUGGACAUGUUAGACAAAGGUUUUUACAAGGGGAAUAUUAGAUAUCCCUUUGUAUCACACCUUAACUCACAAAAUAGCCAUGAAGGAAAUCGGAUUGGAUGUUGUUUUUAGUUCAAGAACGUUCAUUUCUUUAAUCAGGCUCUGAAUGAUAUGUGAACAAGCCCCCCCGUAUGGUUGCUAUGACAGAGGUGUCUAAGAUGAGGACACAGGAGGGGAAAAAAGAAAAGUUUACAAAAAUCAUCCAAAUUGUACGUGCAUAUAAACAAUGUUUUUGGUGGGAGAGUCUCUCCUUAAAGCGGGGCGCAAAUGUACAGCCGGGGCCUCGAGGUUCUGAAAGCUUCACAUGGACUCUCAUAGCAUUGAUAGGCCCCUCUUUAGUACCCUCCCUUUAUAUUGAUUGUUCCUGACACUGAACAGAUGAGAAUGAAUGAAAAAUGAAUUGAAUACUUUUUAGCAGAGCUGUCCCACUUCGAGUCUUCCUCUAAUGUCACAGGAAUCGAACAGCCGGCAUCAUGCGGACGCGCUGCUCCAUUUAAAUGGGUUUUUGGUGCAAAUCAGUCAUUUUCUCCUGUGAUGCCAUUGAGGGAUUUUUAUUUUUAAUUGUGAACAAAGCUUUUUUUUGUAAUGUCAUAAUAGCUUUUGCUGUAUAUCACUAGUAUAAAGGGAUCCAUUUUUCGUUCCUCUGAGCUGUAUACAGCUGUAGAGCUCAGACUAACUCACAAUAUUAUGGAAUAUUCUUGUUAAUUUGGACUAAAAAGUUGCCACUUUAUUCUUGGGACAUAAGCAUUCAGAAUAAUGACUUUACUCAUGACUUGUUGAAGUGGUAGACCAACUCAUGCAGUGAUUUUUUAUUCUUUUUCAUUUUAUUUGUAUUUGAAAUGUUUUUUUUUUCUAUGCUCCUGCCUGCUAGGAAUCCAAACCAACAGGAUCAUUUUUCUUACUCGUUUUGUUUGCUUUUGCAAAUUUUCUUACAUGGUCAUUUGGGUUUGGGCACAGGUAUGAUGGAAUAAAUGCAGGUAGAUGCACAUAUUUAGCGACUAUUCAUUAUUUAUUCCUGUUUUAGUAAGUCCCCACUGUGAACACUAUUUGUCUCUCGGGCUCACGCUUGUGAGUGAAAGGAAGGAUUGAUGAGGGUCCAGACUAUAAAUGGAUGCUUGUUCUUAACUGACCACUUUGUUUAUACAAAGGUUAAAUAAUACGCUUCCACACUGUCCCCUUGUCUCCAGGAAACAUUUCCACUCAAGCUAAACAAUGGAGCACCAUGUAGUAUAUUUUAUUUGUAACUUCCUUUCUAAAUCAUUCCAAUUCUGAAGGGUUUGUUGAUGAUGUUAAAGGUUGAAAAAACAAGAAUAAACUAUAAAUUGGUCAGAA